AGUGAUGCAGGACGCUUCUAACCAGAGAAACACAACGGAAGGUUGGAGGAAAAUUCCACAGCCAACAAAUGGAAAAGUGUAGGGGCGAAGGCACGAGGAAACACAAAGCGGUUGCUAUAGGUGUAUAUGUGACGUUUCGGGGUCGCAUUAUAUCUCAAAGAAGACUGUUGCUAGGUUUGAGCUAACGGGAAACCCAUUAAAGAAUUACAUCUUUAAAAAGGCGGAGCGGACAUCACCAUCGCUGCAACGACAACAACGUCGACACUGAUCACCUUGAUUUUACAUGUGUGCUCAUGCUUUUUCGCGAGCCUCUGUAAGCUUUUUCUGGAACUGUGAUCAACGCAUUCGGGGCUGGUGGAUAAUUUCUACUCCUAAGACAUUGAGUUAGUAUUUUAGAAGCGUUUGGGGCAGUCCGGUUCAUUGGCCUGUGCCUUGAGCUUGUUCUAUAUUUAGCCACAAAAGGAGGUCAGCUGAUUGUAGGUUCCGGAAACAACUGGUCAACCAUCCGCGUGUCUUUGUGUACAAACACAGCGGAUAUUACCAACUAGGCAGGUCUCUUAUUUAUCUCAACGUUUGAUUUUGACUUGUAAAUGAAAUUUGGCGUGGAUACUGUCGUCAUACGACAUGAACACACUGACUGGGACUAGUUACAACUACAAAUACAUAUACACAACGUGUGUUGGCGGAACGAGGCAGUAUUAUUUAAUUUAAGUGAAGGGGACAAAAUCAGGUUCCACAAUGAAGUACUCAAAACUUCUGUAUCAGAUGAAGAAAGUCAUCAUCACUCCAAGAGCAUUUGAAAAGUAUGCAGCCUAUAACCCAUCACCAGUUUCUCUAGAACAGCUGCUGAAAUUUGGUUCCAAUAAUGCUUGUGAGAAGACAUCUUUUGAGUUUCUGCGGAAGGAGGUUCCUGUGCGACUUGCAAAUAUCAUGAAAGAGAUCAACUUGCUGCCGACACAACUCCUGAGAACCCCUUCAGUAAAACUUGUUCACAGUUGGUACCAGCAAAGCUUUAAAGAGAUCCUGGCAUUUGAAGAGGCAGAUCCAGAGAAUACUGAUGUCUUGGAAAACUUCACAGAAACGCUGGUGCACAUCAGGAAUCGUCACUCCAAUGUAGUGGAAACCAUGGCUCAGGGAGUCAUGGAACUAAAGGAGAAUCGCCCGACACACAUGGGAGUUGACACACAGAUACAGUACUUUCUGGACCGCUUCUAUAUGAGUCGUAUUAGCAUCCGAAUGCUCAUGAACCAGCACACAAUGCUGUUUGGUAGCCAGAUGGCACAUCACUCUCGUCACAUAGGUUGUAUAGACCCCAACUGCCAUGUUGUUGAUGUCAUUAAAGAUGCAUAUGAGAAUGCUCGGUUCCUAUGUGAUCAAUAUUAUCUCGUAUCACCUGAUGUUGAAAUUAUUAGUCAUGAUCCUCAGUCAUUAGAUCGUGAAAUCUUCAUGGUUUACGUCCCAUCUCAUCUCUACCACAUGCUGUUUGAAUUAUUUAAGAAUGCCAUGCGGGCUGUUGUGGAAUAUCACCAUAAGGAGAUUAAAGUCCCCAAAUUAAGAGUGAUGGUAUGCAAGGGUGAAGAAGAUGUCACCAUCAGGGUGAGCGACCAGGGUGGGGGAGUGCCGAGAAGUAAGCUUGACCAGUUGUUUCAGUACAUGUACUCCACAGCUCCCCAGCCUGAGAAGGGCGGUUCAGGCUCACCGCCAUUGGCUGGGUAUGGUUAUGGCCUGCCAUUGUCUCGUCUCUACGCCCGAUAUUUUCAAGGUGAUCUCGUUCUCAACUCACUGGAGGGAUAUGGCACGGAUGCUUCCAUCUACCUAAAGUUAUUUCCUCAUGAGGCCAAUGAGUGGCUACCUGUUUACAACAGAACAGCUUCACGAGUGUACGAGACAGCUGUACCUGUAGGGGACUGGAGCUCCCCUGCCCCGGGAUCAAUGUCUUCAUCUCGUUCCAACGGAGGGUCAUCGACCGCUGGCCAGUUAUGAUGAUCACGACCUCACUCCACUCGCAGGAUUUGUUGAAUGGUCAUUUAUCGAGUCAGAGUUGUGAGCUUUUUUUGUGUUUCCCCAUGCCAGGUCAUUAGGCAGUACGUGUUUUAGUCGUACACUCGUAAUGAUCAGUUUUCUGCUUUAGGCAGGCUUUCUAGGGAGCAGUGGUUUGCAUCAUAAAUAUGUAAGCUCGUAGUUUCAUGCCAUUGUGGUUAUUAUUACCAGCAUUUUUGAAAUAGCAGUUCAUAUUUCAUUUUCAUCAUUGUAUAUCAUCGCCUGGUUUGUUUUAGUGCGGAAGUGAUGUUGAAAGGUGGGUUCUGUUAUAUUUAUAUAUGAAUAUAUAUAUGCACAGGAAAUGUAGUAGUGCAUGAAUUUUAUCAAAUGAAAACAAUGUUCUGAGAAACUCAGAAGAUGUGGACCUGCAAAGGGCAAUUCUCCGUUAAUUUAAAUUGCCAAAUUUGAUAAAUUUUUUUUUUUUUCUCAUUUGUUUUUUAGGUGAACUUUGUGUACAUGUAUUUUAUUUAGCAUAUAUUUCAAAAUGUGAGAUAUUGCAUUAUGUAGCACUAUGUUGAGUGAAGCAGUUGUAACACGGUCAGGCUCAUCUUUUCUGAUAUAUCCAUUUUUAUGAAAAAAUUUGCAUCCUUCAAAUAUGGCCAUUGAUACAGUUUUGCCUCUACACACAUACAUGAAUUUGUUUAUAUGGUUUUGCCUCUACGCACGUACAAGAAUUUGUUUUUCUUAUUGGUGCUGAUCAUUAUGAGCCUAGUUCGACAGGAAAUGUGCCAUGAAUCACUUGUACAUUAGUCAUGGACAUGAAAGCUGUACAUGUCAAAACAAAAAAUUUCAUUCUAUUGUCUGCAUACAUGUGUGUGGGAAUGGUUUAGAUUGUUAUAAUUUUGGUUGUGCCAAAACCAUGAAUCAUAUAUUUUGUACUUCAUACAGCUAAUUAUAGCUUUGUACGGUAUGUGGGGCUUUAAAAUGUCAUUGCAGUUGAAGUGUUGCCCGAGUAGCUUCAAUAUCGAGUAGAAACUUCAUGGUUUAUUUUCACCCAUACCUUGAGUCACAUUCAUGGCUACAGAGGAAAGGAUGAAGUAGAGCAGUAUUAUACAGGAUGUGAUCUUGUAAAUACUCUGACAUCCAGAUUAACCUAACAUUUAAUACAUGUGCCAGCUUUUCCACACCAACAUAAGGUAAUCUGUCUGUGAUAAAUAUCCUUAGUGUUAGAAGGAUUGAUUGUUGAAACAUUUAGUUAUAGUUACGUGUAUUUGAAACGGGUUGCCAUUUAGUUUGCAGACAGAUUUUAGCAUGAAUGAUUAGAGUUACUUACACAAACUAACUGCACUGCUUUUAUGUUAUUUUAUCAAUAUUUCCAGUGAGGAAUUCAGUGGUAAGGAUUAAAUGUAUUUGCUGUUUUAUGAACUGGCAAGCCUGAUGUCCGUGUCAGUUUUGAAAACAGAUUUUUGUUCCGUAACUAAAUUGUUUUUGUCUCUGUGAUGUUUUGUAUGUCUGUCGAAAUA